CAAAACGAUACUUCUCCACCUCCUAGUAAGCUGGGUGAUCUCCGAAAGGUUAUUAAAAAAUAAAGCCCACAAAAAAAACAAAAAAAUUUGUUCCCCUCACAACACCAAGAAAAUGGCACAAAAUACGUCAACACCGACGGCGGAGAUUCGUCCAUCGCGCUUCGUGAUUGAUCCGGAAGAGGCGGAGACGAUGCGUCAGGAGAUGGGCAUCGCCGCCCUCCGCGACCUCCUUCCGGCGCUUCUUCCAGAAGCCCAAAAACUCGCCCGUCCCGCGAUAUCCCGAUUCCAUGUAGGCGCCGCCGCCCUCGGAACCUCCGGCCGGAUCUAUCUCGGCGCCAACAUCGAGUUCCCAGGCGUCCCUCUUCACCACUCCAUCCACGCCGAACAAUUCCUCAUCACCAACGCCGCCUUACACGCCGAACCCUCGAUCCGCUUCAUCGCCGUCUCCGAGUUCCCUUGCGGCCACUGCCGGCAGUUCUUGCAGGAGAUCCGAAACGCAUCUCAGAUACAGAUCCUCAUAACUGGCGGUUCAGGCGGCGGCUCCGGCGACUUUCGACCGGUUUCCUAUUUCCUACCAAACCCUUUCAGCCCUUCCGAUCUGCUGCAUCGAGACACUCCCCUGCUCCUUGAGCCCCAUUUCAACGAUCUAAUCGAGGAGGUAGAGGAAGUUCGAGUGAUCAAUAGCGGAUUGGAGGAGCGGCUGAAGAUGGCGGCCUUGAAGGUUGCAAGGGCGUCGCAUGCGCCGUACAGCGGAAGCGCGUCCGGAUUCGCGCUGGCGGAUGACCAGGGUAGGGUGUAUGCGGGAUCGUACACGGAAUCGGCGGCGUAUAAUCCUAGCCUGGGGCCGGUUCAGGCGGCAAUUGUCGCUUACCUGGCAGCCGGAGGCGGCGGUGGCGGCGGAGGAGUGGGAGAGGGCAUAGUGGCAGGGGUACUGGCGGAGAGACAAGGGGCGGCGGUGUCGCAGGAGGAGACGGCGAGGAUUUUAUUUUCGGCGGUGGCGCCCAAAGCCCGGUUCAGUGUUUACCGGCUCAGGGUCCCGGCCGGAUCGGCUUAGAUUCGGUGCUCGGGGGGAAUUUGGUGAUCGAGUUGGUGAGAAAGAAUGUACGGUGAGAUUUAACUAUUAUAAAUUUACAAUGUUUGAGAAGUUAUAAUAAAUAAGUGCAGAGUUCUAAGUAAUGAAGUUAUUGUGAUGAUAAUCUUUUCAUAUGAAAAAAAUUCUGAAAAUUA